AGGAGGCAGAAUGGUGCGCAGGGUGGAAUAUGUCUUCAAGGAAAUAAACAGAUCCGGAUCUUUUACCGGCAACAUGGACUGAUUUUGCGUUUCUGCUAACAUUGGCAUUAGAAGAAAGCUGUUGAAGCAUAGCUGGAGGAGUGUGUGUUUGGAGGUGUGCGUGGUCUCCAUCACUAAUACUUCUCUGACUAACACACACUUUGGCAGAAUGUCUGUGAGAGAGCGACAGCGUCCGUGGUCUGUGUACAGAGCCUCCACACUGGAUAUCUCCUCUGAGAUGCUUGGCCUGGCAUUGGCAGGAAAUAACCAGGACCCAGAUGAACCUGUAUUGGAGUUCAGCCUCGCCUGCAGUGAGCUGACUACUCCAUCUCUCGAUCGUAAACCCAACAGCUUUGUCACUGUAAGCUGUACAACACCACCUCAGGUCUUCUGGACCAAGCAUGCACAGACAGAAAUCAUUGAGGGGACGAUGAAUCCCAGUUUCCUCAGCAGCAUGGCUUUCUUCCAGGACUCCUUUAUCAAUCCACAGACACAGAUCAAACUAUCUGUAUAUGACGUGAAAGACCGCUCACAGGGCACGAUGUAUUUAUUGGGCUCAGCAAUGUUUACAGUAAAAGAACUACUGCAGGACAAAAACCACAUCCUUCAACUGCCACUCAGCUCAGCAGAGAACACACAGGUAGGAAAGAUCAAAGUAACUGCCUGGCAGCUGGAGGAAAAGAGAGACCAGCGGGCACCACUAACCCGACUACCCGACACCAUCAAUGGCAGGACGGUUCUUGCUGUUGAUGAGAGUUUAACAGAGUCAAUGGGAAUUCGAGCCAAAUAUGCAUCUUUAAGUAAAGACACACUUCUGAAAACAGUUUUUGGGGGAACUAUGUCUCGUAUGUACCGAUUCCCCACUACUGAUGGAAACCAGCUGCGCAUUUUGGAGCAGAUGGCAGAAAGUGUGCUUUCCCUCAACGUCCCUCGUCAGUUUGUUAAACUGCUGCUGGAAGAGGACGCUACAAGGGUGAGUGAGUUGGAAGAGUUAGGAGAGUUGUCUCCAUGCUGGGAGAAUCUCCGGCGGCAGAUUGUAACACAGUACCAGAGCCUAAUUCUUACCUAUCAGGAGACGCUUAAAGACCUGCAGGACUACAAGGGCCCCUUGUUUAAAGCCAGUAACUUAAAAGCAGAGAGGAAGUUGGAGUUCAUGUCCACUAACCUCCAUGUGCAGAGAAUGAGAGUACAGGAUGACUCUGGGUUUGAUCAUACGUAUGAUGUUGUGACGAUUGGUGCUCCAGCAGCUCACUGUCAGGGCUUUAAGAACAGUGGCCUGCGCAAACUCAUCCAGAAAUACGAAGAGGCAAAAAAACAUGCUCUGAACAGCUCCCAGUCUAUCAUGUACGUCCCUCAAGACAUCGUCCGUGCCAAAGAAAUCAUCUCACACAUCAACACCCUGAAGACUCAAGUCAGCUAUUACGCCGAGCGCCUCUCUCGCGCCGCUAAAGAACGCUCUUCCAACGGCCUGGAGAGAACACUAACGAUACUGGCAGAUAAGACACGGCAGCUUGUGAUGGUGUGUGACUGUAAGCUGCUGGCAUCAGCCGUUCAGGCUCUGAAUGCUGCCAGGCCCGAGUACAUUGCCUCCAAGAACUCACCGUCAGCUGACUUGGAGCAUGUGGUGCUGCGUAAUGACCAGGACACACUCCUGGCCAAGUGGAGUAACAACCGCACAUCCCUGCAUGCCGACUGGCAUGAAGAGGAGUGGGAGAAGGUGUGGGUGAAUGUGGAUAAGAGUCUGGAGUGUAUAAUCCAGCGAGUGGAUAAACUCUUACAGAGAGAGCGAUUACGCACCAGUAACAGUGAGGACAUGUUACAGGCCAACCUGCAGGGCACUGCGCCUAAAAAAGAUGCCAGUAACAGCACAGAGGAGAGCUACCCAGGUGAGUGGAGUGAGGCCUUGUAUCCCCUGCUAACCACGCUAACGGACUGCGUGGCAAUGAUGAGCGACAAGGCAAAAAAGUCUAUGGUGUUUCUGCUCAUGCAGGACAGAGCGCCCACAAUCGCCAUGGACCUCAGUGUGCAGUACCGCCGAGAUGUAGUCUUCUGUCAGACACUUACUGCUCUUAUAUGUGGAUUUAUCAUCAAACUGAGGAACUGCCUCCGUGAUGACGGCUUCCUGAGGCAACUCUACACCAUUGGACUGCUGGCUCAGUUUGAGAGUCUCCUAAGCACCUAUGGAGAGGAGCUAGCCAUGCUUGAGGACAUGAGUGUGGGCAUCAUGGACCUGAGGAACGUGACGUUUAAGGUGACUCAAGCCAUCUCGAUGUCCUCGCCGGACAUGCUACCCGUGAUUACAGGGAACCGCGAUGGUUUUAACGUGCGCAUCCCAUUGCCGGGGAGCAUGUUUGACGCUUUGCCGCGUGAGAUUCAAAACGGCAUGCUGUUACGUGUUCAGCCCGUCCACUUCAACGUCGGCAUCAAUGAGCAGCAAACGCUAGCCGAGAAGUUUGGGGAUACGUCUCUGCAGGAGAUCAUAAACAUUGAAAGCCUGUCUCGACUGAAUUCCUACUACGAGCAGUUUAAGGAGGUUUUACCAGAUGAUUGUCUUCCUCGUUCCCGUAGUCAGACGUGUCUACCAGAACUCUUGCGCUUCCUUGGUCAGAAUGUCCAAGCCAGGAAAAACAAAAAUGUGGACAUUCUGUGGCAGGCUGCUGAGAUCUGCCGACGGCUGAACGGUGUACGUUUUACCAGCUGUAAGAGUGCUAAGGACCGAACGGCCAUGUCCAUCACACUGGAACAGUGUCUCAUCCUGCAGCACGAACACGGCAUGGCACCGCAGGUUUUCACACAGGCCCUCGACUGCAUGCGCAGUGAGGGUUGCCGGCGCGAGAACACAGUGAAGAACGUGGGAUGUCGCAAGUACGCUUUCAACUACCUGCAGCUGAAGGCCUUUCCUAAGCAUUACCGGCCUCCUGACGGGACCUUCGGAAAAGUGGAGACGUGAACGUACAGAGUCUGUGUAAGGACGUAUGGAGUCUGAGAUGGCUAAGGGCAUCACUGUGUAAAAAAUCACUGUGUAGUUGGUGAUUGUCAACUGUUAUCAACCACAUAGUAUGCUCAGCAAACUGAUUCACAUUUCAGAACUGAAUUAUUGCAAAUGAACCAUAUUGAGCUCUAAAUUAAUGCUAAGUAGACAUUCCGAUAAUCGGGUAUUUGUAGGUAUAGCACUGCAAACAGAAGCUUUUUACAGUUUACUGCGCUUUAAUAGGUAGGAAUUUACAGUAUUAGGUAGUAUAGGGGUUGGGUCUUGUCAUUAUUUAUUGAAAAAUAUAGCAAGUGAAUUUCUUAUUUCUCAAUUAGUUCUAAAAUUUUUUAUAUUUAGUAUACAAUACACACAGACUAGAUGCAGAACCCAAAAAUGAUGGACAUGCUAGCUGACCACUGCUGAGAUCUGAGUUCGAUUCUCGUUUUGCUAUAGACCCAUUGUCAAUGGCCAAUUACCCGAUUACAUUACACUUUUCUCUGCUGAUGUUGAACUCUACUCUGACUGAGGAGAGCCGUGACUUACACACAGCCCCUUCGACACGUGUGCAGUAGCCGACUGCAUCUCAUAUUUACACCUGCACAAGGUGAGUUCAUAAGUGGAUCAGCUUUGCGUACAGAGAGUCACACCCUGAUCCCAUUAUCCUUCGUCUCUGUGCAGGCACCAUCAAUCAGCCAGCAGAGGUUGUAAUUGCAUCAGUUAUGAGUUCUCGCCCGACUCCCACCAGCUCCAACCCUCUCAAGUUCGAACCAAUAAGUUGGAGAUGUCAGCUUUGGGGGGAUUGUUGAAGUGGUCCUUGUUGCUGCUAGCAAUUUGAGGCACCUACAGAUAAGAUGGUGGGUUCACAGAUAGAUAAAGCAUGACUCUCUGUAAGCAUCUUUGGCAGGUAAAAAGAAGCGGUUAGUCGAAAGCACUGUAUGAUAGUCUGUCGGUCUGCAGUGACAGUGGAAGUUAAAAUUGGGUAUUUGGAUACAUCUGGAUUGGGAGAAAAGGGAAAAUGGUAACACAAAUUUAAGUGCAGUUUAAAUGCCUCAUGCAUUGAUUUGAUUAAAUAGUCAUUUCUUCACUUAGGAUUCUAAAUAUUCAAAUACAAAAAUUUAUUUUAACACUGACACUGAAAUUCCCUCUUAGUGAUGUACAUUAUACUUGCUUAUUUCAUGUUACAGUGAAAUACCUGUAAGUCAACAUUUAUAUCUGUUGGUGAAAAAAAAUCACCCAGUCCGUAACAGCUGAUCCUUUAGAUUUGGUGUGAACAGUAGACGAUUUGGUUUGACCAAUAAGGAACACUGGGCUGUUUAGUCCUGCCCACACACCACCAUUAAAAUAUCAAGCUGUAUGUUUGUCUGAUAUGCAAAGGCUGAAAUUAUAAAUCUUGCUUCUGCAUUCUUAGACGAAACAAAUAAGCAAGUAAACAAGUCUAUUUUUUGUUUUUGCUCCUGUUUAUGAUAAAAGUAGCCAAAAAUGUGGACCUUGACUGGCAUAUUAUGAGCCCAGGUACUGUAUAUACCCCUAUAUGUGGUGUGUUUGUGGGUGGAGUUUUUUUUCUUUAUCCACAUUACUGGCCAGAUAAUGUCUUAAACCACACGCUACAUGGUAAAUAGUAUUAAAACAGUAAUGAUUAUGGAUGAUCAGAUUUGGAUCAAAGUUUAUAGUCAUGAGUAGCCUUUUCUUCAUUUCCGCUUUUUUGACUAAAUGGACACAAAUUCCCACAGAAAUUCAAGCUUAUAGAAGGCUUUUCUAGAAAAGUUUAGGCUUUUAUAGCUACAAUGAAAAAGGGGACGGAAUAUGAACACCAUGGUUUGUUCAGCAAGCUUAUGGUCAUGUAUUGUAUUUCUUAAUUUCACAAGAAUUCAAGGGUUUUAAUAGCUAAAGUUUAUAAGCCUUAAUGUAUUAUUUAUGAUUUAUUUGAUUUGUAUUUAUUAACAGUUUACUGAACUUGUAUAUUGUUUUAGGCUGAUAUUGAUGUACAAUGUUUAAAACUGUUGUGUUAUAUAAU